UUGUCGGUAAUGCAGGUACCUGUCAUUGGUGCUGUUAUCAUUUUUCGCUUUCGAACGUUUGAAAAAUAAUUACGAAAUAGUUAAACAAAUUUAUAUUGAAACCGUUAUAAAUAUAAAGUGUCGUUUCAUUUGGAAUAAAGAUGAGUGCUAUGCCAGUCAGUUCUUCCACUCUUCUUCCUCUAGAAUUAGUGGACAAGUGUAUAGGCUCCAGAAUACAUAUAAUUAUGAAGAAUGACAAAGAAAUUGUAGGAACGCUAUUGGGGUUUGACGAUUUCGUUAAUAUGUUACUAGAAGAUGUUACGGAAUACGAAACCACCCCCGAAGGUAGAAGAAUCACGAAAUUGGAUCAGAUCUUGUUAAACGGAAACAACAUUACAAUGUUGGUUCCUGGGGGUGAAAUGCCUGAGUGAAUGAAUGAAUAACCACCAAAAAUAUGAAAGUACCCUAGGUUUAAGACAAUAAUAAAACAAUAUUUUUAACAAAAAUAUUUUUAAUUCUCCAUUCCAUGCAUACCUCGGGACACUUAAAAUGUACACAUAUUUUCAUGGUAUUUUGUACAUUGUUUGACGAAAUACGUCAGUGCAUGUUUGAUUACAACCUUUAAAUAAAUAUAUCGGAGCUGUAGAAGAAAUAUAUUAAGUAAUUACUCAUUAUAAAAAUCUACUUUAUUUACGUUAUCCUAAAAUAAAACGAACUAAAUUCAUAACUGUGGCCAACGGGGACUUGUUUAAGUUGUGCUGCGUUGUAGAAAUGCUUCGAUAUUUCAAAAGUUUCCUAAUGACGUGAAAAUGGAAUUAUGUUGAUCGUAUUCUGUUCAAAUUCAUGAAUACAAUAGAAAUUAUGUAUACUUGUAACGUCCGCAUUUUUACUUGAACAGCAACAAAAAUUACAAAACGAUAUCCCCUUUCUACAAAUGCGGUUAACUAGAAAAAAUAUUAAACAGCUUUAAAUUCUAUGAAGUACGUGAUCGAAUAGCAAACGAAGUUAAGCUCAAAGAAAUAGCCAAUUUUUUUUGCAUUAUUUCUGGAUGCUACAAAUCAGUCGUCAUAUUUCGAUUAAAGGAAUGUACCAUUUUUUAGGGGAUGAUUUCUAGGCCAACAAACAAUUCACAACAAAAAAUCUCGAUUGGGAAUUUGUGAAAUAAAGUAUUGAAGUAAGGGUAGCUUUCCCCCAAAUUUUAAUACGAUUAUUUUUUUCGUGUCUCUUGUGAAAAUAUGUUAGUAUCAUGUUUUAAGAGCCCCCUCAAAAAAUCAGCUCAA